CCUUUGGGAAGGCCUCGGAGCCAGAUCAAAAGUGGGAACCUGAACCGUGGAUGCAGGCCACCGAAGCCAGACUUUAGACGGAGGGAGGUCCUCCUAGCCCGCAGACGAGGUGCACCCUCGGCGGGAGGUGGCACGUUUGUGCAAAGUGCCAGCGGCCACAGCGGCAGGACUAUGGCGCCCAAGAGGAACGUGGUGAAGAUCGCCGUUCAGAAGUCUGACGCCAUCCCACAGCUUAUCCAGCUAGACCAGGCAAAGCCCCUGGCCACUGUGCUGAAGGAGGUGUGCGACGCGUGGAACGUGCCUCACUCUGAGAGCUAUGCCCUGAAGUUCGCUGAUGGGCACAAGAGAUACAUCACAGAGAAUAACCGCACCGAGAUCAAGAAUGGAAGCAUCCUGUGCCUCAGCACUGCCCCAGACUUGGAGGCCCAGCAGCUGCUGGGUGGGCUGCAGAGUACAAAUCGUGAAGUGUGCUAUCAAGCCCUGAAAAACCUGGUCCCGCUGGCCUCAGACAUGACCUUUGCCCAGGAGGUCAUCAGCCGUGAUGGGCUUCAGAAACUAAGCACCAUCAUCGAAAAUGGGGAUGACCUAGGGGAGAUGCUGGCCCUUGGUCUAAGGGCUUUCCUGGAGCUCAUGGAACAUGGUGUGGUGUCCUGGGAGACACUCAGCAUCCCCUUUGUCAGGAAGGUGGUAUCUUACGUGAACAUGAACCUGAUGGACGCCUCUGUGCAGCCCUUGGCCCUCAGGCUGCUGGAGAGUGUGACUUUGAGCAGCCCUGCCCUGGGCCAGCUGGUGAAGAGUGAGGUGCCACUGGAUAGGCUGCUGGUGCACCUGCAGGUGAUGAACCAACAGCUGCAAACCAAGGCUAUGGCACUGCUGACAGCCCUGCUGCAGGGGGCCAGCUCUGCUGAACGCCAGCACAUGCUUGACUACCUAUGGCAGAGGAAUCUUCGCCAGUUCAUCUACAAGAACAUUAUCCACAGUGCAGCUCCCAUGGGCGAUGAGAUGGCUCACCACCUGUAUGUGCUGCAGGCUCUUACACUAGGGUUGCUGGAGCCACGCAUGCGGACACCACUUGACCCCUACAGCCAGGAACAGCGGGAGCAACUGCAGGCCCUGCGCCAUGCAGCCUUUGAGCCAGAGGGGGAGUCCUCCGGCACAGGGCUGAGUGCUGACCGCCGCCGUUCUCUCUGUGUCCGAGAGUUCCGAAAGCUAGGCUUCUCUAACAGCAACCCAGCCCAGGACCUGGAGCGUGUGCCCCCGGGCCUGCUGGCCCUGGACAACAUGCUCUACUUCUCCAGACAUGCACCUAGUGCAUACAGUCGGUUCGUGUUGGAGAACAGCAGCCGAGAGGACAAGCAUGAGUGCCCCUUUGCCCAGAGCAGCAUCCAGCUGACGGUGUUGCUGUGUGAGCUGCUCCACGUCGGGGAGCCUUGCUCCGAGACCGCCCAGGACUUCUCACCCAUGUUCUUCAGCCAAGACCAUAGUUUCCAUGAGCUCUUCUGUGUGGCUAUCCAGCUGCUGAAUAAGACCUGGAAGGAAAUGCGGGCAACACAGGAGGAUUUUGACAAGGUAAUGCAAGUGGUUCGGGAGCAGCUAGCCCGGACGCUGGCACUGAAGCCCACCUCCCUGGAACUCUUCCGAACCAAAGUGAAUGCUCUCACCUACGGGGAGGUGCUGAGGCUGCGGCAGACAGAACGUCUGCACCAGGAGGGCACUCUGGCCCCUCCUAUACUGGAGUUGCGGGAGAAGCUGAAGCCAGAGCUCAUAAGCCUGAUCCGCCAGCAGCGUUUGCUCCGACUCUGUGAGGGAAUGCUUUUCCGCAAGAUCAGCAGCCGGAGACGCCAGGACAAGCUGUGGUUCUGCUGUUUAUCCCCCAACCAUGAAGUAUUGCAGUAUGGGGAUGUGGAGGAGGGUGCCAACCCACCCGCCCUGGAGAGUCUACCUGAGCAGCUCCCUGUGGCAGACAUCAGGGCACUCCUGGUGGGCAAGGACUGCCCCCAUGUCCGGGAGAAGGGCUCUGGGAAGCAGAACAAGGACCUCUAUGAGUUGGCCUUCUCCAUCAGCUAUGACCAUGGGGAGGAAGAAGCAUUCCUGAACUUCAUUGCCCCCUCCAAGAGGGAUUUCUACCUGUGGACAGAUGGGCUAAAUGCCCUGCUGGGCAGCACCAUGGGCAGUGAGCAGACUCGGCUAGACCUGGAGCAGCUGCUUACUAUGGAGACCAAGUUGCGCUUGUUGGAACUGGAGAAUGUGCCCAUUCCCGAGCAGCCUCCCCCAGUACCCCCGCCCCCUACCAACUUUAACUUCUGCUAUGACUUCAGCAUCACUGAGCCUUGACUGAAGUUGGCCAUGGGCCACAAUGGUGCUGCUGUGGCAACCACAAAGAGGGGUGGAAGUCACAGACAACCUGACCAGCAAAGCCUCUAGCAAAAAUAAAAUUAGC